AGACCCCGGCGAAAAAGUUAUAGCACUUGGCGGCGAUUAAUUGACCUUAUUUUUGCAUAGAUUGAACUUGAUUAAAGUUGGUGGUUCUUGUUUACAAGGGACUGGCCACCAAACUGCAAGUGCAAGAUGUCAUUCCUUUCAACACACAAAAUUAUGAUGGUUGCAAGAACUCUGUCUUAUUGUAAACAUUUGAGACAAGUGAAGACAGGCCUGUCAGAGUGUCCAUCUAUUGUCUAUGUUGCUUUCUCCAACUGCCAGAGAAGAUUAUAUGCAGAAGAUUCAUCCAACAAAGGCGCAGUAUCUAAAGCCUCAUCAUCAGAUGUUGGUGAUGCAAAACCAAUCACAUUCAAGGAAAAGGUGAAAGAGAACACCAAGACGACCGGCUACGGCCUGAUCAUGCUGGGAGGCAUCGGUGUCACGGCCGUCAUGUUCUACGCCAUCUUCCGCGAGCUGUUCAGCAGCAAGAGCCCCAACUCGGUGUACUCGGCGGCGCUGCAGCGGUGCGCCGAGGAGCCGCGUGUGGUAGACACUCUCGGCGCGCCGGUGAAGGGGCACGGCGAGGAGACUCGCCGCGGUCGCCGCCGGCACGUCAGCCACCUCAACUACCAGCAGGAUGGCGUCAACCACAUGCGCAUGAAGUUCUACAUCGACGGCAGUCGCCAGUCGGGCACCGUCUACCUGGAUGUGCGGGAGAGUCCCGAGACUGGACGGUACGAGUACCGGUACUUGUUUGUAGAGGUGGACGGCAGUCGGCGGGUCAUCGUCCUGGAGGAUAACCGGGCGUCCGAGCCCCGCUCUCUGCCGGCUCUGCCGCCCCUGAAAGACUACAGCCAGCCGCGCAGCGAAAUGUGAUCCGGUCAGAUCAGGUCAGCCCAGGUCAACGGUCGACUGAGAGUGCCGAGAGCAGAGCGUGGGUAUAUAAGGGGACCUGCCUCCGUGGGGCAGGUCUGGCGCUCUACUUCGACUAGGGUAACGUCCUGGCCUAUAUCACUCGUUCUGCUAACCUGAUGACGCAUUAGCAAAAAUAAUCUUGCCGGUGAAGGGCUUAGAUAUUGACGACGCCACGCUAUGCGUUGGUGACCGAAUAGUGAAUGAACUGACGUUCGAUAAAUGAGCCAGUGGGGCCGUCAGGGGAGGCAAACUCUGGCGGACUUUAAACUAGCUUCAAGCGCAUUGAAAACGAGGGUGUUCAUGCUGCCUGUAACUGAGCCGGUACUUGUGGCGAGUUUAAUGCCAUAGCAUCCGGCAGCUCGAUUUCGAAAAUCAACAUGGAGAAGUGGUAUUUGACCGGUUGUGGCGCUGAACUGAGUGUGUCGUUGGAGCCGACGCGAGGCGCGGCUCGCUAGAGUGAUCCGCAGAAGUCUGGGUGUGUCUUUGUUACGCUGAUGAUGGGUGAUGUGUGUGUAUGUGUUGUGUGUGUUAUAUCAAGUGUGCGUGUGAUGUGGUCCCUCAGUGCGUUUCAAUGGACAUGGUCGUUCGGAAAUGGGAGAAAGAUGUGGCUUCUAUGUGACCGAUAACUCGUUCUUACCGAGUCGGUCCCAUUUGUUUGUGUGUCGGUCGUAAUUAUUGUCCCCAUUGUCUGGCGGGGUGAAUCCGUUCCCGUCCGAACGCUGGCAAUGAGGGCACAGUGGUUUCAACUUCCUCCUCCCCAGAAGGGUAGGGUGAUGUGAGCUGAAUAGGGAGGGGGAAACCGUCACCGGCUGGCCUACUGCCAACGCUGAUGCAAUACAUUGCCGCAAAAUCGGCCGGUCGGUC